ACUUCAUCCUGGGAUGUUCUCGCGAGAUCUCCUCUGCGUCUCUCCGUGUCCAAGAUCGGCUGGUGUCAUCUCGAAAGGAUUCAGGAGUCCUUUUCUUGACUACAUAACCUUGUUUUACACAGUUUUCGAUCUUGUACCUCACUGGGUCCUUCCACACAAACAGAUUCGCGGAUUUCUGGAUUGUGAUUGGCCAGACGAAGCACAGCAUUGAAUCAUGGGGAAUAUUUUUGGCAAUCUGCUGAAGAGCCUGAUAGGGAAGAAGGAGAUGAGGAUCCUUAUGGUUGGAUUAGAUGCUGCUGGUAAAACCACGAUCCUGUACAAACUGAAGCUGGGAGAGAUCGUAACCACCAUCCCAACCAUUGGCUUUAAUGUGGAGACGGUGGAGUAUAAGAACAUCAGCUUCACUGUGUGGGACGUGGGUGGUCAAGAUAAGAUCAGACCGCUUUGGAGACACUACUUUCAAAAUACACAGGGACUCAUUUUCGUGGUUGACAGUAAUGAUCGAGAGAGGGUUAAUGAAGCUCGGGAGGAAUUGAUGAGGAUGCUUGCUGAGGACGAACUGCGUGAUGCCGUACUUCUUGUUUUUGCUAACAAACAGGAUCUGCCAAACGCUAUGAAUGCAGCUGAGAUCACAGAUAAACUCGGCCUCCACUCGCUCCGUCAUCGCAACUGGUAUAUACAAGCCACCUGUGCGACCAGCGGCGACGGUCUGUAUGAAGGCCUCGACUGGCUCGCCAAUCAGCUGAAGAAUAAGAAGUGAGAGGGCGGGAUUUUCAUUAUGGGGGCGUCUCUCACUUUGGGGAUGGGGUGGGACUAAUUUGGCCUUUGGAUAUGUUUGUUUGAUUUUUGUUUGUUUUGGUUUGUAAAGCCUUUUAUGUUAUGUGUAAAUGAGCACUUCAUUUGUAGGUAUACACACACCGUUACACAAACACACACACAAGCAGUCACAGAUCAAUGUGCGUCUUAUUUCCUCUGUUGACUUUUCAGUUUUUACGGUUCCCCAGUAAGCCUGUCAGUACAUUGUCUCAAUAUCCCUCUCAUAGACACACUCUUCAACAUUGUUGUUGUCAUGAAAAAAAUGUCCUUGUGUAUUAUGUAAUAUGCUCAAAUAAUUCUUCAUAUCUGUAGAUGUAAUUACGAUGCAGUUUGCCUCCUCAUGCACACGCAGUAUUUCACAAUCUUUAGAUGCGGUCUGUGAUUGUAGUGCAUGGCUCCUGUCGCUCAGUGUUGUGAUUUAGGCAUUGUGAUGCAGUAGGAAGUAGAAAUGCAUGCGCGUGUUUAGUCAGACAGAGUUGAUCGGUGUUGCAUGCCGCUAUGUGGCUGCGACGUAAUAUAUCGAAUGCUUUUAUUGGACAUCGUAGAAAGAACGUAGAGUCUUGAGCUUGUCCCGCAUCAUAGAUAUGUACACUAGAUGUCGGCAGUCCAUUGGACUGAAUGCGUCAAAUAGAGCCGCCAUCUUGAAAUGGUGUAACGGAAAUAAAAUCACCAUAAAUCGUCACGAAUGCGAUUUUCUUGGUUUUCUUUUGGUUCGUUUAAACAGUCAGACAUGUAUUUAGCAUUGAGUCCAGAAAAAUAAUUAAAGGGGACAGAGAAUGAAAAACCAUUUUUACCUUGUCUUUGUUGAAUAAUGGUAGUCUACACACAUUCACAAACAUACAAAAAGUGCUAAACAUGCUAAACAUCUCAGUCUCAGAAACUUCUCUUUUAGAAAUGUCAGCCAGAAAACACCCCAAUCUGAAAAACUGAUGCUUAUGACAUCACAGGCAUCUAACUGCCCCUCCACUUUAAAAUAAUUGGCUACAUUUUUUGAGUGGCAGCAAAGUCAGCCAAUCAGAAAUGAGAAUGCAAGUUAAGCCAGUAGGGGGAGCCAAAUAGGUGCAAAACCACUUGUUUAAAAUCCCCCACCCUAAUAGAGCUAUCUGAGAGAGGUUUUUAGGAAGCUUCUAAGGCAUUACAGACCCAAACAAAAUAAUUUUUGUCUACAUGUCACAUCACAGAACAAGGAUAAAUACUCCGUUCAAUCAUUCUAUGUCACCUUUAAAGUUUUGAUAUUAUGAAAAUCUACUUUUUCUAACUAUAAUGCAUAGUGCUAGUAGGCCUAUCAUCCAUACGCAGCACAAAACUCCUGCAUCGUCCAUGAAUUCGAAGUACAGGCGGAGAUAGCAGCUCUACCUAGAUACUUUCUACAAGACCCCUGUUCCAAGAUGGCGGCGGUUUUGACGCAUGCUCAGAACCCCAAGGCGAGAGUAUAUAUCUAUGGUCCCGCAUCUGUAUUUGUGCUAAUACCCCUAUGUAGUGUUGUUGUCUGUUCAGUGUAUCUGUAAAUAAAGCUUGUUUAGUUUUGUAUUCGACUUGGCUAACUGUUGCAUGGGCGAAAGUGUUUUGUCCCUAGGAAUUGCAUCGGUAUUGUCUGCAUGGCGUGCAUGCUGUGCAAGAAGUCCCAUAGAUGGAUUAGUAGGCAGUUAUAUAUGAUAGAUAGAUAGAUAGAUAGAUAGAUAGAUAGAUAGAUAGAUAGAUAGAUAGAUAGAUAGAUAGAUAGAUAGAUAGAUAGAUAGAUAGAUAGAUAGAUAGAUAGAUAGAUAGAUAGAUAGAUAGAUUGAUAGGAUUAUUAGAUUAUUGCACUAAACUGUUGAAUAUAUUGUUGCUUUCAAUCAUUAAAAUAAACACGUGUAAACAAACCCCAGAUAUGUCGGUGGUUUAAGGCAAACUGCUUCGUAAUUCAUCUGUUUCUGUGUGCUCUUGUUUUACGUGAAGUCUCGUGGGUUCACUUUAAAAACCUAAUGAAUGUGAAUUUUGUCAUUCUGACUAGUCCAGACGAUUAUAUUAAUGCUAUAUUUAAGCUAUUUGUUUAUUUAUUGUUGAAUAUUCCAUACGCUUAAAGUUAUAUCAAACGUCUGAUGUAUUAUUUGUAGUACCAACACAAACUAUAUUACAGACUAAUAUACGUCAUAAAUGAGCAAGUGAUAAAGCAUAUGUUGUACCAUGCGUGUGUGUAAAUACUAAGAGCGUGUUUUAUUAAUUUGGUUUGUGGGUUCUUGCAUUGCUUUUCAUUUAUAUCAAGCUAACAAUACGUGCAUGACAUGUACGUGACAUUGCAGACCUGGUUGUCAGUUGAGUUUUGUAAAAGUGUGAUUUAGACAGGUUAGAAAAACAAUUAUAUCAUGGGGCUGUUAAAUGCUUUGUUCUGAUUGGUUGAGAUGGGUGUUGAUUAUUUUUCUGUCAAAUGUCUUAAAAUAACCACCAGAGUAAUGUUUGUGGUAACUGUGGUAUAAGCGGAAUAAUUGACUCCGGUCCUUUUAAUGAUUUGAAAAUAAUGCACACCCACCUUGUAACGCUUCGCGUCGUAUUCAGUUUUGCUGUUGCUUAAACACCAUGCAGUUUAUCUACCAAUAAGAAUGACGCAUGACAGUUCAUGACAGUUUAGCAUCUAAUCCAAACAAGGUCAUUUAUACAGAAACCUUCACGGUGUGAAUUGUCCAGUCUGUUAAGUUUUGUGGCCUUAUCUUACAAAUGUACAUUUUGUCAUGGUUAUUUAUUAACUAAGUUAUUGAGUCAAUGAGUUACCUAGUUUUUAGUAAAUCCAAGAACAAAAGGGGUUACGAGCUCAAAUACAUCACUUUUGUUGAUUUGAGGGGAGAAAUAUAUUUAUUGUUUGCUUUAAAUAGUUUGUGCGAUUAUUUGGUAGGUAAAGAUGGUUUACAGAAAUUUGCUUCUAUAUUACAUUUUUAUUUAUUUAUUUAUUUUGGUGAAUAUACUUUUGUGUGUAUUUUCCUUAUUUUGUUUUUUAUCUGUUGGGUGAAUCAUUAUACAGUGUCUGUGAACAUAAUUAAUAAAGGGAUAACAAUUAUCAAUUUCUUGUUGAAUUAUGAAUUAAAUGAAUAGAAAUCAUGGAUGAAGUGUGUAACUCUGUUACAGUAGAUAAAGAAAGAUUAUUGUUGAUUAUUAUAAUGUAGACACUAAAAUCUUUCUCUCCAUACAAUUCUUUAACUGUAACACUACAAUAAAAAAUGUGAAAAUGACAA